AUGUCUUCUAAAUUCUUCGCCGUCGUUGCUGGUGCUGGCCCCGGCACUGGCAGAGCCUGCGCUAUCCGAUUCGCCAAGUCAUAUCCCGUAGUGCUCUUAACUCGCAAGCCCGAGUCGUACCAAGAUACCGUUGCCGAGAUCAACAACUCUGGCGGUAAAGCCAUUGGCAUCAGCGCAGACACCUCGGAUGUCAAGUCGUUAAACGCAGCAUUCGAGAAGAUCGCCAAGGAGCUGCCUGGUUCAAAACUCGCCGCGGCCAUCUACAAUGUUGGCGCUGGCUUUCAGAGGAAGCCAUUCCUCGAGUUGAGUGCCGAAGAUUUCGAUGUCGCAGUUGGCGGUAAUGCGCGAGGCCUCUUCAAUUUCGCCCAGAAGACCCUACCAUUGCUUCUAGAAUCUGUUUCCGACUCUGAACACCCGCCCACGUUGCUCAUCACGGGUGCUACGGCUUCUGUCAGAGGUUCGUAUAUGUUCUCCACGAUGGCAGCCAGCAUGUUUGCUCGACGAGCCCUCGGUCAGUCUCUGGCACGGGAGUUCGGACCUAAAGGAGUACAUGUGGCACACGCUAUCAUCGACGGUGUCAUUGAUAUCCCGAGGACGAGCCACUACAAUGUCAACAACGGCGUCGAGGAUAGCAAGUUAAGAGCCGAUGCGAUUGCCGAGAGCUACUGGAAUUUACACACUCAGCACCGUUCUGCAUUUACCCAAGAAGUCGACAUGCGACCUUAUGUUGAGAAGUGGUGAGAGGAGACCAGGGACACAAUUGGCUCCUUCUGAAACAACCUGGGCUUUCUCAAUAUCCAUGACCAUGCUCACAAAUCGCAAUGACUUGAGCUCGUGCAUAUAGCUUCAUGAAUAAGAGGGCAUGCCUAACGGCUAGAAAACUGAUCGCUCGGUUUGCCUAGGCCUUGUCUUUCUUUGUAGAGUUAUAAGAACGGAUAUCAUAAAAUCUUACUGCAAUGAAUUGAAUGAUGUUAAUACGUCGUAUUAACCGUAAUGCGGGCGACGAAGGUACAGCAUCUGAAAGAAUGAAUGAUGGAGUAUAUCUCGAAUUUGUUUCCGAUUAGUACAAUCUUUAGAAUCCUAAGCUGGUAGACUAAACCCGUCAAUUCCAUGGCGAAUUUGUGUUGUCUCGCAUGGUCCAGAAG